AUGCAAUCGUUUGUCAUUGUUGCCUGUUGUUUGGCUACCGUAAUCUCGGCUGCGGCUGUUCAGAAGGUUGGUUUUUAGGGGUACUGUACUCAGAAAUCUGGUAUACUGUAGAUGGUUAGUGGAAUCUAGAUUGAAUGUAAGUUACUGUAGCUUUUUUUAUCCAUUUUUAGAAAUCUUUGGGACCAAGAAAAUUGAAAAAUGUUUUCUUACUGUACCCGCUAGAGUACUGUAGCUGGGGUACUGUAGACGGAUAGGUUAAAUUGAAAAUUGCUAGAUUUCGCAAUAUUUUUGUAGAUCAAGGCUACUGUAACUUUCAAGGUUACUGUAGAUUUUUUUAAAUCCAUUUUUUCUGGAAUCUUUCUGGAAAUUUAAAAAAAGUACUGUAGCUGGGGUACUGUAGCUGAUUUGAGCAGAUAAAACUAGAUUUCUCAGCAGCAAAAUAUAUCUGAAGGUUACUGUAGCUUGACCCAUUUUUUAGGAAUCCUUUUGGGAAUUUUAACUUAUAGAGAAUAUCUGUUUUUUAGCUCCUGUGAAUCUUCAAAAUCCCCUAAAGCAAAAAUUCUUUGCAGAAAACCCCAGAAGUGAAACCAGAAGCUGGUGCAGCUUACGGAGUUCCAGUCCAACAAACCCAACCACAAUACGUGCAAUAUGUUCCACAACAAUUCCCAGUCUUCAAUUUUCCAAACUUCGAUGUCAAUUAUUGCUCAGUUCAUGCCUCAUUCCCAUUGGUUGGAUUGAACAAUCAUCGUAGAAGACGUGAGUUUCGCAUUCUCAAAAUUCUGAUUCUCAAAAAAAAUCUGUUUCAGGCGGUCCAGGAGGUCCACGUGUCAAGCGUCAAACAUACGGUGUUCCAUCAACCACAGCUCAAGAUCAAACCCAAACCAACACCCAAAACGUUGUGUACGUUCAACAACCACAACCACAAUACCUUGCUCCAGGAGCCUUCCAAAGACCACGGCCAUUCGAGAGACAAGGUUGCUCAAACACUGCGAUCUUCUCGCAAAAAGCCUGUCAUGCUUGUUGCUCGGUUGCUUCGAGAGCCGCUGGAAAUAAUAAUGUGAGCUUCUUUUUUUUGAUCGUCUACUGAUAUUUGAAGCUUUGCAAAUUAGGGGGUUGUCUCAAGAAAUAAGUGUUACAAAUUUUGGAAAGCCUAAAAUUAUUAUAGACUUUUUUUUUGAAACUUGGGAAAACAUUUGAAUCAGGCCUGUGCCCGAAAUUUUCCGAAUUUUCCGGUUUUCCGGAAAAUGUGCUCGGAAAAUCCGGAAAAUGAUCUUUAGUAGUAAUAUUUUCAAAAUUGCCUAAAUUUUGGGAAAUUUUCUUAGUUUAUGAUUAAAAAAAAAAGACAUUUUUGGAUGUUUUUUCUAUAUUUCAAAUUUUACUAUUUUUUGAACAUAAAACGUCUUAAGUAGUUACUAAAUUACCUGUGAAUAGAAGAAUUGUGAAUAAAAACAAGUUUUUGUGCCAACUUAAGGCUGGAAAUCGAAAUUUCAGACCUUGAAAAAUAUUCCGAAUUUUCCGGUUCAAAAAAUCCGGAAAUUUUCCACUUUCCGUUUUCCGGGUUUUAAUUUUCGGGCACAGGCCUGAUUUGAAUUUUUCUGCGUCCCAAAAAAAUCCCAUUUUUUUCCAGCCAACCGUCGGAAUUCUCCUCGCCUUCGACCCACAAUUGAGCGUUGACCGCAAACACCACAAGGACAACAAGGAUGCCGAUUUGAAUGAGCCAGAUCGUGCUGUUCAAUGCGUCUGCUGCACAUCGAGACAAGUUUAA